CAGUGCAUAUCUGAGACAUCCACACAACGAGAGACUCUCUGAAGAGACAACAGCAGCAACACUUCAGCAGGUAAGAACGUGAGAAUAAAACAAUUUUCUUUAACAACUUUAAACUAAGGGUCAUAUCUAGUGGUCACUGCAAGUUGUUUUUAGACUUGAGUUUAUGAGAUUGUGAAAAAGAUUAUUAGAGUUACUUCCCUCACGAAACCACAGUUAGUUGUACAUGAUGUAUUUGUAGAUAACAAUCUCUUUGAUAGAGAAAUAUCUUCUGUGACUUAAAGUGAAAGUGAAGUGAAAUCAAUCAAUCUGUAUGACAAGAAAUGUACAAAGAUGAAAUCAGGAGUGUCUGUCUAUGUUAAUGCUCCCAUUAUCCACAUUAUUAAAUCUAUAACAAAAGUUUAGUCCUUUGCCUAUUCCUGUUGGUGUCAUAAUCUACCGUUAAACCGUGUAUUACAUGUUUUAACACUGAGAUUCAGUGGUUUGACAAAUCAUCUUAAAAGGCAGUUAUGGGAGAAGGAACGCAUUAACGGGAUCUGAAAAUGUCAAAAGAGGAAACAAUUUUCACAGGGACCAUUUUAGUUAAGGACUUUAUAUAAGUUUGGUCUCAUCACUUUCUACAUUAAAGUUUAUUUAUAGUGUGAGCUUCAAGAACGUCUGGUUUGUGUGGAUUUUUGUGCAACACUUUUUGCAGCAUGAGUCAAAUAUAACGCUGUUGUGAGUAUCUGUUGAAAAUGUUUAAUAAAGGCUGUUCCUAAAAUGUGCUUUUAGGUUCCUAGGUUUAACAUUCACCCUUUACAAUGAACAUUAGAGACUGUCAGCCUUGCUGCUUUUGUUGCACAUAAAGAGGUGAUAAUAUUAGUGUCACAAUGAGAUGGAAAGUCCUCAAGGCACAGCGCAUACCAAAAGCACAUAGUCAUGUGAACUCUGAGUAUAUAAGGGAAUGACAUCUACAUUAUGAGAGGUAAAACACAUCUCAGGGUUUCAGUUGCACUUCUGUUUUAAGAUUGUUCUGCUUCUUAAGUUGGAGGCCUGAUUAUACACCCUUCGAUUCAAACAUGUGACGUGUGAACUCUAUCUCUGCCCACAGAUUCCUGCCAGAGAAGAACCCAGCAGCCUGACUGACACUUUCAACAUUAAAUUUAAACAAAUAUCUAAAAACUGAUGAAGACUAUUUAAAGGGUUGGCCCUUGAACUGUUAGGUGACAACAUGGGGAGUCUCACUCAUUGGCUGUUGUCAGUUACAGUUUCUCUUAUUGCAAUUGAACUCAUCCGUGGUUACAGCUUUAAGAACUGCAUUGAAAAUCAGUUCUCAUAUGGAAAAGUUUUCCAAUGCAUCAAUCGAAAAGACAAAAACAUAUCAGCCUUUGUGGAUGACCUGCCGCCGUCUGCAACCAAACUCAUCAUCUCUGAUAAUUUUCUGACGCAUGUCCCCAACAAAAGCUUUGUUCAUCUACCAAACCUUCAGGACCUCAGAAUGGAUAAUGACAGGCUGAGAACUAUCGAUAAAUUAGCUUUCCAGAAUUUGCAUCUUUUAAAGUCUCUCAACUUGUCUCUGAACUACCUAUCAAAGCUUGACCCGUCUCUGUUUCAGGACCUCGACAGCCUCGCCGUUCUCAUGCUGUCCAACAAUAGACUAAAGCAACUCCCUGGAGACAUUUUCUUCACACUUAGAAAUCUCACAACUUUAGUUCUGAGGCAAAACUUUCUGACACAGUUCUCCAGGAUUGCAGACUCUGUGGCAAAUUUAAGACAUCUGAAAUUGUUGGACCUUUGCUCAAACAAUUUGACUUCUCUCAGCCACUCAAAUGUGUCUCUGCCAACAUCCCUGACAAGGUUAUAUUUGUGUAAAAAUAACCUGUCCACAUUAGGAUGUACACAUUCAUUUCUUGGGUUUGUCCAGCUGUUAGAUUUGUCAUACAAUCCUCGGCUUUCUACAGCGGCUUUUCAGGGAGUAAAUCUGAGCCGUGUAAACUACCUGCGUUUGCGUUCAACAAAUGUCAAGAUACUGGAGUUUUUAAACAUCAGCAAUGUCAAUGCCCGUCACGUUGACUUCUCAGGCACACAACUCAAGGACGAAAAAUUGCUAAUGGAGCUGUGCAAAUUAUUGAAAAAGUCGGUGUGGAUUAAAAACAUGAGCCUGUCGAGUAAUGAGAUCAAAAAUCUAUCAAGAGACGCUCUUCGACAUUGCCCUGAUAUCAGAGGCGGACUGGAUCUAUCCUACAAUGAACUGAAAAACACAAGUUGUCUCAUCUUUCUGAACCGACAGAAACAUUUGAAAGCGUUCAAUGCAGACCAUAACCAUUUAACUUCCCUCCCACCUUGUAAGAAUCACACUAUUAUUCGUAAUGUGGAGGACAUCACUUACCGUUACAACAAGAUCAUGUACGUCAGCCCUUAUGCUUUCAUUAAUACACCAAAUAUCAAGACUCUGCAACUUAACAUCAAUAAAAUUGUGUAUCUGGACGUUAAAGCCCUCAAAGGCCUACAAAGCCUUGAGACUCUCCGCUUGGACAAUAACUUCUUGACUGAGUUGUACAACAGUACAUUUGAGGAUCAGGUCAAGCUGAAAACCCUCAACUUACGCAACAAUCGCAUUGAUGUAAUUUUUAAUAUGACUUUCCACAGUCUAAAGAAUCUGAUUAUCUUGGACCUUGGAGGUAAUAAGAUUACUCAUAUUAAGCCAUCUGGUCUUUAUGGGCUGGAAAGUUUAUCCAAAUUCUAUCUUGAUGGAAACAGAUUAAAAAACAUUGACUCUUCCCUCUAUCAUGCUUUUCAAGACACUCUAACAGUGCUGGAUUUACACGGUAACCAGAUUCGCUACCUUAAAGAACAUGAAAGAUCACCGUUUAUGAAUCUCAGCAAACUCAAAGAUCUGAAACUGGAUGCACAGCAGCCUUAUGGUCUCACUGUCAUACCCCUAAAAUUUUUCCGUGGCCUCAGCUCCUUAGAGUCCCUGUAUUUCAGCAGCAAUAAAAUCCAUCAGCUCCCCCCUGAUGUCUUUGAUGAUCUGAAAAGCUUGAAGUUCCUCACAAUGACUGACUGCUGUGUCGGGGUGACACAACUACAGCCAGGACUCUUUAAAAAUCAAAAAAAUUUGACCACGCUGAUUGCAGAAAGUAUGGUCAUUCAGGACUUCUCAAAAGCUGUUUUUGGAAAUCUGACACAGUUGCGUAAACUGCAGCUGAACCGCAAUGGGAUGGAAAGCAUUCCUGUCGAUGCAUUAGAAAGUAUGCCUAAACUCCGCUACCUUGAUGUUAGAAAUGUACCCUUAACCUGCACCUGCGCAAACAGCUUAUUGCAAAACUGGACUAUUAAUAAGCCAAGUGUCCAAGUUGUUUAUCUCUACAGUCUGCCAUGUCCAAAUGAGCCCAAACACAGGUUCCACAACUUCGAUACCAAAGUUUGCUACAUAGAUCUUGGAGAGUACUUGUUCCUCAGCACAGCGGUUGUGGUCUUUCUGUUCACAAUCACUCCUUUACUUUAUGUCAACCUCUACUGGAAUAUGAAGUACAGCUACUACGUGUUUCGGUCCUGGUUCAGUGAGCAGUGGCGCAGGAUCAGAGAUGAAGAGGAGAAUUGUAAAUAUGAUGCUUUUAUUUCCUAUAAUUCUUCUGAUGAACAAUGGGUUAUGGAUCAGUUGAUGCCCAACCUGGAGGGAAGUGGAUCCCCUUUUAAACUUUGCCUGCAUCACAGGGACUUUGAGCUGGGCCGGGACAUUGUAGACAACAUUGUCUCUGCUGUAUAUGGCAGCCGCAAAACUAUUUGUGUGGUGAGCAGGAGUUUCCUCAAAAGUGAGUGGUGUUCUCUGGAAAUCCAGCUGGCCAGCUACCGGCUCUUCGAUGAGCACCGGGAUGUUCUCCUCCUGGUAUUUCUGGAGCCGAUCUCUGAGAGGCUGUUGUCAUCCUAUCACCGAAUGAGGAAAGUCAUGUUGAAAAAGACUUACCUGCAGUGGCCGGACUCAGACUGCACUGACCCCUCACAGGCCCAAGAACUCUUUUGGAAUCAGCUUCGUAAGGCCAUGAGAACAAGGAGCAGAGCUGAAACAGCAGAAAGUAACGAGAGACAUGGUGCUGUGGUUCCUGGGAGCAUGGAUACUAAAGGCUGUGAGACUCAAAUAACAGAUGAAAACUAUUAUUUGCAACCGUAAAAAGAUUUAACCUAUGGUUUUUGAGUCAAACCUCACUGUACAGUCCAGCAGACGACAGAUGAAUUCUCUUCUAGAGGGAGAGGGUCAUAAAAACAUGUGGAUGCAUGGGACUAAAGACAAAAAGACGAUCCACAAUCAUCUUGUAGAAAUAUAAUUUAAAAUUUUGUUUAUAUUUUACCAAAUAAUACAUGUCUGACUCACACAACUGUAAAUGUUUUCUUGCUUUUAUAUGUGAAUCCCACCUACACAACAAAAUGCCAAAUACUUGACUAAGUUUGUUCUGUCAAUAACUUUGCAUUACAGCACCAUUGUGAAUACUUGUGUCACUUUACAGUUUUGUAAUUUAAAAAAAAGCAACAAAGAUGUAAACAAUUCAUAAUUGUGCUUUCGUUUACCUCAGAAUGAAUGGGACAAAAGAGUAAAAAUGAUUGACUCUUGACAUUAAACCUUUGCUCUUAGUUUUAAUUCUCUGUGUAAAAUAAAGGCACACAACUCACUGCUUUGCUGGUUGUAGACAAAAAGUCUUGGUUGUAUGAAUAAAGGAGGAUAACUGUA